CUUGUCAAAACAGAGCAAGUAUCAUAUGAUAUAACCUUGAAUGUUAUCAAAACAUUACUCUACACUGAAAUAAUUUAAUUAGGAUUCAUUUUUAUUCGUUGUUGCAAUGUGUUGUGCAAAGAAACGUCAUCCAACAUGUUAGAUACUAAGGAAAUUUUGGAAAAAAAGUUUAACAUUGAUACCCACCGUUUAAUUGCCGAAAAACAACUGCAACGAUAUAGUAGUUUCUUUGAAAAAUACAGUGAAGAUGUUAACACUUUUAGGAAGAGACUGAAGUAUUCAUCAUGUGUAUCUAUAAAACCCAUUAUAGUAAAUAUCAUUCCAAAAGAAGAAAUAUCUCUCUUGAAGUUAGUAACUUCUGAUAAUAAAUUACUUAGUAGAAUAUUGGUUAGUCUCAGUUCUGUGUGCAAUGAAGCCUACUUACUUGUGGCUGAAGCCAAAGAAAACUUCUAUUCUGAAUUGGUGUAUUAUGGAGAGUUUGAUGAUGACAAGGGCCUGGAGAAUUUGCCCAACUUGGAUAAACUCUUUGAACUCCUGCAAAUACAACUAUUUAUUAAACGAACUCAGGAUGUCAUCAUACUUAUUCUACAGCAACUAUGUGCAAUCAUUGGCAAAAGAUUCUCCAGUGAGAGCAAUGUUACAUCAUUUUCAGAAAUGUUGGAUUGUUUAGCUGAACUACUGGUGUGUUUGCUCACACUUGAUUCAUUAUUGCAUGCAAAUGUGAUUGAUGAUCAUUGGAAAGUUUAUAAGAGAGCAAUUCGGACAAUGCUUCACAAUUCUCAUCAUUUCAGUAUUGAUGUUGAUGAUAUUAGGAACUUAGACAAGAAGAUAUUGGACUUGGAGGAUACUUUACUAACUGGGAUGAUUAUGAAAAGAACAAUGGACAAAUGCAUGGAUGAACAACUGUUAAUCACUAUUAAGAGUUGCAAUCUAUGCAAUGAAAUAGUACUGUACAUGCAGCAAUUGCUGCAAGAUCUUGAAAGAGAUGAUGAGGGUGUCAACUAUAUGCAGAUAUGGCUGCAAGUAAAUGCACUGUUUGUGUUGCAUUAUAAUCUAAAUGGAGCUUAUGACAAAAAAAUAUUCAAACGCAUUCUGGAGAGCAACAAGAAGGUGUCGGCUUGUGUUCUAUCUGGGAACAUAGUAUGGCUACCAGAACAGUUCCUUAUCAAUCACAUACCUGCGCUACGUAAAAUCAUUGACAUUAAAACAGCGCACGCGAAUCGUGCGGGACAAAUCACACAACGUACUCAAAAUUUACACAGGGAUACAACCGCGAUAUGUAUGCAAGCGUGUUCUUGGUUUAUACUCAUAGAAAAAAAGUUGAAGCAAGAUACUAGCAAGUUUAAAGUGAAAGAUUUGCAAGAAUGCAGCGCUUUAUUUCUGGAUGGAAUCAAACUUCUGAAGAAGAUUUCAGAGUCUAUAAAAUGGAUCACCAAUUUACACGCUGAUGAAGGACGACCAAUGCCUAAAUCAGUACUGUUAAAUUUAUGCAAAAUGGUGGAGAUUCUGGUCUCGUAUCAGUUUGUUUUCCGACGUAAUAUUUUACCUAUUUCCUAUGUUAUACCUUUAAUAUCACAGCAACUCACUCACAAAGCAUUGGCGUUUUUGGCGAAUAUUAAGAAAAGUUAUGUCGCCGAGAAAACAUACAAACAACAAGAAUUAGAUGUGCUCUCAGCUUUGGUUGUAGCUGAGAAGGCUUUAAAAGGUCCUACUACUCCCGAACGACUACUUGUAACAAAAUUAGCCUUAUCUGCAAGUGGUUUACACAGCGAAUCAUUAACCGAAGUCAGACAAGUCAUCCAAAAAUUGGAAUUCAUUUGCCAUUUAGUUGAGAUUCUGAACCAACUGACAAACUGCUCGUUUCUCUAUUGGCAUCAAGUGCUCUUCCCCGUUUAUUUCAAUAAGCUGGCAACCAGCAGGGCUGAUUUAACUAGGUCCUAUUUACUUUUGGCAGCGCUUUCGCAUUCGACCGAUCUAACAGACAACACACGCGAAAACGCCGACAAAUACGUCGAUAAGAGUCUGGUGGAACCGAUGCGUGAAUUCAUUGAAGCUAAUCUGCGCCACCAAACGCAUUUACAUCUACAACUCAACCCGCUGAAUCCAUUCCAGACGCCAUUACCCCCAAGCUGCAGGAAACUGCUGCCAGUAUUAUUCUCAGAUACGUAUGUUAAUAUGCGCCAUGACAUCGAACAUUAUUUGAGUACAAUGUUCUACAACCUAACUACUGUUGUGUUGCACGAUUGGCGGACAUACGGCGAGAUGCGUCGGCUCGCUGUGCUUCAGUAUGGCCUUAAGACAGUCGAAGAUAAUUUACCCGUCCAGACAUUGGAACAAGGUCUGGACGUACUGGAAAUAAUGCGUAAUAUCAACGUGUUUGUCGCUAAGUAUAUGUACAACUUGAAUAAUCAGGUCUUCGUCGAGGAAUGCAGCAGCAACAAACAUCUAAAUACGAUAAAUAUUUCGCAUGUGGCGAAUUCAAUACGCACGCACGGUAUUGGAAUCAUGAGCACCACGGUGAAUUUUACAUAUCAGUUUCUACAAAACAAAUUCUACACGUUUUCGCAGUUUAUGUAUGAUGAGCAGAUCAAGUCACGUCUUUUGAAAGAUCUGCGAUAUUUUAGCGAGCACAAGGUCGAUUUGAAUCAAAUGUAUCCGUACUCUAGGGCGGACGCUUUCAAUCACGGAAUACGCAAGUUGGGUUUGAAUGAAAAUGGUUUGACGUACUUGGAUCUAUUUCGCAAGUUGAUCACACAAAUAGGCAAUGCGAUGGGAUACGUGCGACUCAUUCGAUCUGGAGGAAAGCGGUGCGUAGCUGAUGGCACUUGCUUCCUGCCGGAUUUAAAAUCUGUGGAUGCGUUGAAUGAGACCGUCCAGGACGCAGAACUUCCAGAAUUGACCAAACAAGCCGCGCAACAGCUCAAGCGCGAAAUUAAUAAUUUGGCGGAUAAUUUCGAGGAAGCUACCGAGUAUUUUAAACUUUUGAUAAAUGCUUUUGCAUCGGUGUUUAGGGACCCACAAAACAGUCACUUGCGAAACUUCUACGUCAUCAUACCGCCUUUAACGAUAAACUAUGUGGAACACUUGUUGAACUGCAAGGAACGCCUGAAUAAGAACAAUCGCGAUGGUAGUGCGUUCACCGAUGAUGGGUUUGCGAUGGGAAUCGCAUACAUAGUCGAAUUACUUGAUCAAGGAAGUCAGUUGAAUUCACUGCAUUGGUUUCAGUCAGUGUGGGCAAAACAAGUUCAGGAACGUAAUCAGCUCGAAGCACAGAAAGCUAAGGCGAGCAAAGAAGACAAUAAAUUGCAGCAGGCAUUGUCAUUGACCGAAAAACGUAUCAAAUCUAUCGAAACUGAAUUCAAAUUGCUGUAUUACAGCUUCAGCAGUGCAAGGAUCUUUUUUGAAAAGUAAUUAUUGAUCAAAUGUGUGAGAGAUAUUCUAUUUUUAUACAAAUAUAUUAUCUGUAAUAUACACAAACAUUUAAAUGCAUAUUUUGUUACUGCCUAUGAAAUAUUAUACUGUUAAUGAGUUAGUACUCUGUUAUGUCCAAUUGUUAACAAGCUAAUAUAAUAAAAUGUUUAUGCUUCAUA